AUGUCUCUUGUUCUUCAAAAUAUCAUUCGUCGAUGUCCAUCGACAAUAAUUACCAAAGGUUUUUUUCGUUUUUGGUCAUCAAAUGGUCAAUUUCCUUCACAUCCAAUGGGUACAGAAGAAUAUGAAAAUCAACCUCGUAAAUCUCUUACUGAAUUACCUGAUGAAUUAACUGAACAUGAAGAUAAACCUAAAUUUAUUUCUGAAUAUGAAACAACAAAAGAUGGUUGGGAAUGGGUAGAUAAUGUUCUUUUUAAAUCUAAAAUACCUGAACCACCUAAUCAUUCAACUCCAUCAGGUUGGAUUCCACCUAAUCCAACACUAGCUCGUCAAUGGUCAUAUUUUGUUGAUCGAGAUCGUUUUCAUUCAUAUGCACUUUAUGUACGUAUAUUACCUGUUAUGCUUGAAUAUUGGCUACAUGAACAACAUCGUUAUUAUUUAAAUAUAUUUCGUCGUCGUGUUGAAUAUGAUAUAUAUGCACAACGAACAAGACGUUUUAGUUUACUUGAAUUAAUAUCAGGUGAUAUAUGGGCAUUAGAUCAUGAUUUAAAAAAUUAUUUAACUAAACGUGUAGAAUUAACAAAUGAUAAAUCAAAAGAAUUACCUAUUUUAUCACAAGUUGAUGAAAUUAAACGACAUAUACUUGUUGAUGGAGAAUAUGAAGAAUGGAUAGCAGAUUUUUUAAAAGAAAAAGGAUUUUGA